UUUUCGGAAACAAAGUUGUUACCCAGGCAACAGAGGGACGCAGAGCUCUCCGCAGUGUAUUUUUGGAUCCUAGAGAGCCACCCAAAAACUGACCCAGAAUAUGGAAUCUGAAAAUGCAGAAGCUGAAAAUAUGGAAUCUGAAAAUAUGGAAAUUGAAACCAUUUCCUCAGUUUCAGCUCUGCAGGCUCUCUCUAAGCUGCUUUAUCCGGAAGAGGAUGACUUUGAGUCCGGACAGGUGUCAAAUAGUUCAUCUGCAAUGGGAGCCAUGGGUCCUGGGAAUAUUGGACCACCAAAAAGAGAAGCGCUUAAAGUCAUCCCUCAAACAAGUGAUGAAAAUAGUGAGCACAUCUGGAAUCCAGAGGAGGUUCCAGAAGGGGCAGAGCACCAUGAUGUGUGGGAUAUUAGAGAAACACCAGAAUAUGAAGUUGUGUUCAAACAGCAGGUGGGAACUGAAGAUAUGUUCCUGGGAUUGACCAGAAAGGACCCUUCAACUGCGUGUUGUAAGGAUCUAGUGAUUAAAAUUAAACUGCCAAAUACGAACCUUUCUGAAAUUGAAAUCAACAUUCAGGAAAUGACCCUUGACCUCCGUACUCCUAAUAAGAAGCUGUUGGCAACCCUUCCCCAUCCUGUGGAAUGCAGCAGUGCCAAAGCUUUGUAUAUUGUUGAAACUGAGACUCUCGAGGUCACUGUGACUAUGAAACGAGAGUUGGAUUUUAUUAAUUUCUUCUGAAACAACAUGAAUAAGGAGGAAAAGUGGUAAAAUACCACUGAUAAAAAAUAAAAACCUUUGAAAAAAUUGGUUAAUGUUUUCUAUCUUCUCUUUAGUAUUCUGACAUAUU